AUGUCCACUCCAGAUAAAACAACAAAGCCCCAUCGGCGGUUUGCCGGAUCCAGGCGAAAAGGUGGAUCGGGAAGUUUGAAUCAUAAGGGAGACAACAGUGGCAAAAGAGGAGAGGUGGUGAGGACACAUCGAUCAAGAGUAUUAGGACGGGUCAUGAAUCAGAUACCGGAUGAAAUUAUGCAAAACAAGGAAUUGAACGAGGCCAUAAAACUCCUGCCAUCGAACUACAACUUUGAAAUCCACAAGACAGUUUGGAAUAUAAGAAAAAAGGGUGCGAAGAGGGUCUGCUUGCAGAUGCCAGAGGGUCUUUUGGUGUAUUCAUUGAUUAUAGCAGAUAUUAUAGAGCAAUUUUGCAACUGCGAGGUUUUAGUGAUGGGAGACGUCUCAUACGGUGCAUGCUGUGUGGAUGAUUACACAGCAAAGGCCUUGGACUGUGAUUUCAUCGUGCACUAUGGCCAUUCGUGCUUGGUUCCUAUUGACAUCACAUCGAUCAAGGUGUUGUACAUUUUUGUGACUAUUCAGAUAGACGAGAAGCACCUCAUGAAGACUUUGAGGCUAAAUUUCGACAGCGGGGCCAGAUUAGCUCUUUUCGGAACGAUCCAGUUCAACCCGGCUGUUCAGUCCAUGAAGCACAAGCUUGAAAACCCCGAAAAUCCCGAAGAUAAGAUCAUAUACGUGACACCACCGCAAAUAAAGCCACUUUCUCGCGGAGAGGUGCUUGGAUGCACUUCUCCGCAUUUCGACACCUCCCAGUACGAUGCGAUGGUUUAUAUUGGCGACGGGAGGUUCCAUCUGGAGUCUGCGAUGAUUCACAAUCCGCACAUACCGGCCUACCGGUACGAUCCCUACUCCAGGAAGUUUACGAGAGAGAGAUACGACCAGAAUGAGAUGGUGAGUGCAAGAAGAGAUGCCGUUGAGACUGCUAAAGGAGCAAAGAAGAUUGGCUUGAUAUUGGGAGCGUUGGGAAGGCAAGGAAAUCCAGUAACGUUGCGGAACUUGGAGGCAGAGCUUAAGAAACAUGGAAAAACGGUUGUCAAGAUCAUUCUCUCCGAAAUCUUCCCCAAAAAGCUGGCCAUGUUUGAAGAUAUAGACGCAUUUGUCCAGGUGGCAUGUCCUAGAUUGUCUAUAGACUGGGGUUAUGCCUUCAGCAAGCCUCUACUAACACCAUACGAAGCUAUGGUGAUGCUUGAGGAGGAUCAACAGUUUACUAAAGAAUUCUACCCGAUGGACUAUUACGCACAGGAUGGAUAUGGCAGAGGAAAGAAGCCAGAUCGUGUUUCGUAUAAAUGA